CCACUGUCUGCUAGUUGACGUUAGCUGAACACGAUUUCUAUGCCUUGGUGAAGAUGUGUGAUCGCUUCUGCCUAACAUCAUGUAUCUCUUGUUUUGCUCGCUGACUUGCAUAGUUUCUUUACGAAACUGUUAUUUUACACUGGAUAGCAAUUUGGUUAUCGUAUUGAAUGUCUAGCUAACUGGCAUUGAACACCGUUGGCAUGUGGCAAGUUGGCUGUUGGCUUCUGAAACUUGGAUGGUUGGUUGUGUGAUUUAAACCAGGGGUGUACAAUCUCAACCCAAAGGGGCGGUGUGAGGGCAGGUGUUUGUUUUAGUUCAGCAAUACGACACUUGAUCCAGGUAAUUGUAAUGUAAAUGUAAUUGCGUUAUCACGAAACCUUGACAAGUAGAUUCAGAUGUCUUACUGCUGGCUAAAACAAAGAACCAACAGCCACGCCGACCCGUUUUCGAUAAAAUUGGACACCCCUGAUUUAAACGAAAGCUGCCGUAUGUCAUUGACGUUAGCUGGCAACAUUUGAUGUAGUUGACUAGUUACCUAGAUUGUACGACUAUUCAAAUGUCUGUCUGACGUUGAGCAGUGGAAAAUUCUUAUGUUCAAGCGAGUUGGAUUAACAUAAUACGCUAGUGCCAGCUGUCAAGAGGAGUAGUUGGAUACGACUAAGUUACUGAGUAAUUUUGUCGACACCCGAACUAACUGUGUGUGUGUCUCCUGUCACAAAGUUAAGAGCCACAGCGCGGCGAUGGCUGACUCGGUGAAGACCUUCCAGACACACUUGACGUCCGUCAUGGACAGUCUAAUCAGAGCGUCGGUCUGUGAGAUAACAAAGCUGUUCCAGGACACGGUCAACGAUUACCUUGUGGAAAUAUCGCUGAACAGAAAAGAGAACGAGGCUCUGAAACUGAGACUGAGGCUAACGGAAAACAAGCUUAGGAACGAGCGGAAGUACGGCAUGGGCUGGGCUGCCAGUCGCCGCGCCUCCGGCCUCCUGGUUUCGGACGAGAGCGGGCGGAAAAGACGGAGAUCUGAAAUCCCCAGAGUUAAGCAGAGGGAGGGCUCAGGGUUUGGGAAGGGCUGGGCGGGCAGCCCCUGGGAGGAAGGAGGCGCAGCUGCAGGGGAGGCGGGAGAGGAGGCGCGGGACGUGUUCCUGGUCCAGCUCCAGGGGGCAGAGGAGGACGAGGAGGUGUGUGUGCCUCGGGCGAGAGAGGAGGCCGCCAGCAUCAAGGAGGAGUCCACAGAGAUGGAGAGCGGGUACCGGCCCGAAUCUCUGCGGCUCAUACAGGAAGCGCUCCAGAUGGACCCCGCCGACCCCACCCUGCACCCGGGCCCCAGGAUCCAUCUGGAAGGAGACCUGGACGCUAGUGUGGGGCUCCCCAGCGUUGGGGAGAGGGGUCCCGCGGAGCAGGGGCCCGGGGAGGAGGAGUGGGGGGUGGCUCCCCCCCCUGUGAAGGAGGGUGGGGCGGAGGAGGCGGGGUUUGGGGAGCAGCACAGGCCCCGCCCAGGCAUGGGAGGGGUGGGGGAGGAGCUGAACGGGCUGGAGAGCGCGCUGAAGGCGGAGCGAGGCGGCGAGCGCGACCCGGCGGGGGCGGAGCCUAACGGCGCCGGAGGCGGGGACUUCGCGGACUCCGCCCCCGAGGGCCUGGGGGAGCUGGAGUACGCCAUGGCGCAGAAGUACAUCGGCCUGGACGGCAUGUGCAGCUCGGAACAGGACGCCGCCGCCGCCCCCACACACCCGGCUGAGCGCGACGGGGACGGCCUGCUGGGCUUCGCCGGUCCCGCGCGCGGGAUGGAGCCCCGGCCCGGCUGGCCCAAGCGGGGGAGGGAGGGGGACGGCGUGGCGGUGGAGCGGCUGGUGGCGCUGCCCGGGCCCCUGGACGUGCCGCCCUUCGCGGGCACUGGCGUGGGGGCGGGGCUGGGGGCGGGGCCGGGGGAGGGCGGGGACUUUGCCCACUUCUGCGCCGGGUGCGGGGCUGGGUUCGCCUCCGCGGCCGACCUGGAGGAUCACCCCUGCCUCCUGCCCGUCCAGAACCAGAACCAGAACCAGAGCCAGAACCAGAACCAGAGCCAGAGCUGCGGCGUGUGCGGGAAGACCUUCAGCCAGGCGGCCCACCUGCGGGCCCACAUGCGGCUGCACGGCGGAGAGCCCGGCGUGGAGAGGCCGUACCGCUGUGCCCCCUGCGGCCGGGCCUUCUCCCAGCCCUGGAGCCUGAAGAACCACGAGUGCCUGCUGCCCGCGGAGGGCCAGAGGCCGCACCGCUGCCCGCUCUGCGGCAAGCGCUUCACCCACUCCCGCUCGCUGGAGCGCCACCAGCUGGUGCACACCGGGGAGAGGCCGCACCGCUGCCCCCAGUGCGGCCGCAGCUUCAGCAGGCUGGGCAACCUGGAGCGGCACCAGCGCAUCCACACGGGCGAGCGGCCCUACGCCUGCGCCGCCUGCGGCAAGCGCUUCAGCCGCGUGGAGUACCUGAAGAGGCACCAGCAGAUCCACAGCGGCGAGCGGAGCGCGCUCCAGUGCAUUCACUGCGGCAAGGCCUUCAGCGCGCCAGAACUGCUCAAAGACCAUCGCUGCAUUUACGCUGUCUGAGCUCAGAGACACCGCUGCGUUUACGCAGUCUGAGCUCAGAGACACCGCUGCGUUUACGCUGUCUGAGCUCAGAGACACCGCUGCGUUUACGCUGUCUGAGCUCAGAGACACCGCUGCGUUUAUGCUGUCUGAGCUCAGAGACACCGCAGUUCCUCUUCUUGUUUUUUUGGGUAACGUUAUUAAAAGCUCUUUGUCACGGUGGUGGUUGUUGUGCACGCUUCUCCAUCUCGGGCCUAUAAAAGCCUUCAUUCACGCCGGAAGGCUCUGCGUGAAGACGGAAAAACCACAGCGGGCGUGUUUGUGUGAUCGGACAGACGACAAAGCUGGGCCUUUGGCUCGUAAAAGAGAACAAAAAAGAAUUGUGCUUUAUUUAUGGAUCCUUCGGGUUUGAUUUGAUAUUCACUUGAGAGGGAAAUAACUCAUACUAUUGUUUUAUUACAAGAUCAAACCAUUUUGUCUUUUGUACUGUUUAUUUCAUGGAUAUAUUAUUAUGUAAUAUUAAUAAAUGUAAAAUAUUAUA